AUGGCAGCGCAACAGCAGUCUCUAGAAACGCUUUUGGGGAGUAACAGCCAACGCAAAUCGCUUAAACAACAGCUUGACGAUGCCUCUGUCAAUGUUGAACCCGGGAGAGCGACACUUGCCGACCUUCCGGGAGUUCGUAUCGGCUGCAAAAGAUAUAUACCGGAAGAAUAUAUCGCCAACAAGAAUCGCAAAGGCCGACGGAGCUGGAUUCAAGCGCAUGGGUUCUUCCUCAUAGAGAUCAGUUCUGAUUCGCGAACGUUGCAGACCUACUGGGUCUGCUCGAAAUGCGAUGAACAGGGGAAAAGCUCGUUGUUUGUCGCAUCCAACACCACGUCGCCCAUUGAGCAUCUCCGAAGGUCUCAUAUGAUCACUCAAACGAACCAUCCGUCGGGUGAUGCGGACGAGGAUACCUCUUGCGCUGACAUUCACCCUCCCUCGAAACGACGCUGCCUAGAGCUUCCUACUGCAAGAUCUAAUGUCAAUAAAGCCAAGGAGUUGACGGUCGGCUGGAUUGUUACUGCCAAUCUUCCUUUCACGGCUCCGUCGAAUCCGUACUUGCGACGAAUCCUUGAGCUACACGAUGCGUCAUUGGCAAAGGAAGUGCCAUGGAACCGGCAGUCUGUGCGUGAUACCAUGCGGAAACUAUUUGAGGUAAAGAAGAGAGCAGUCUCCAGUCAACUAGAGAAGGCAGUGACAAAGAUUAGCUUUAGCUUUGACAUGUGGACUUCUCCAAACCGUUACGCUUUCCUUGGCCUCCACGCUCACUAUCUCGACGCUUCCUAUCAAGUCCAAUCGCGACUUCUCGCGCUGCGCCGUGUGUGGGGAUCUCAUUCCGGAGACAACCAAGCAUCGACGAUAUAUAACAUAUUCGGCGAGUACGGGAUACGAGAUCGGAUAGGCGCGGGCGUCUGCGACAAUGUCUCGUCAAAUGACACAUGCUUGGCAAGCCUCUAUCGUCAACUUUCUCCUGUGAUGACCGAAGAGGAUGCUAGCAACCACCGAACACGAUGCUUUGGACAUAUUAUCAACCUUGCGGCUCGAGCAUUUCUCUGGGGGAAAGACCCCGACUCAUUUGAGCGAGAAGCCUUCACGGAAGCAGCUUUCCAAGUUAAAGAGCCACGUAGUACGCCACGAGCUGGCCAGGGUCGCGGACGUGAGAGGCACUUGCCACAGCACACUCGAGACGCAUACACUGGUGCAUCCUCGAAAGCCGAGAGACUUGAUGACCAUCGACGAUGCAUACAAAUCUCUAUCAACAACUGUUGGUCAAAGCUUGAUGAGUACUACAGUCUUCUUGGCCAGUCUCCACUUUAUACAGCUGCCGUUAUUCUUCACCCGCGCUGGAAUGUGUCCUGGCUUGAGGCGAACUGGACCAGCCGCGAGCAACUAGUAUGGCUACGGGACGCUAAGAACAGUGUCCGGGCAUUCUUCGAUCAACAUUAUCCACCUGGAGAGCGGUCCGAUCCAGCGAGAACCGCGAUGGGUAAAGUGAUGCGACAAGAUGAGCCCAGUCAGUUCGAUCAGUGGAUGCAGAGCUACGAUCACUACGCGAUGGAAGAAGACGAUGAGCUUGGAGCUUAUAUGAGGCAAGGGCCAGUCCGGCGAGAGAACCUUAACCCCAUCCUUUGGUGGAGGGAUCACCGAGAAGAAUAUCCACGUCUGAGCCAAUUUGCCCUCGACAUACUGGCAGUUCCUGCCAUGUCUGGCGAUCCUGAGCGAACUUUUAGCGUUACAAAGUUAACAGUAAGUUCGCAAAGGCACAGCUUGAGUCCCGAGAUCAUAGAGGAAAUACAGUGUCUGCGGAACUGGCUAGGCCAUCAAGCAAUCACCGUGGGAGAGGUCGUAAGCUUUGGUGGGGAACUGAUAGGUUGGGAUGAAGAGGAGGUGUGA